GGUCAUCUGCGGCGAUGGGCGGCCUUCGUUCCAGAGAAGAGCUUCCCUUAUUACUACGUCAUGGAGGUCAGCCAAUCACCUCCGCGAACAGGAAGCGCUUUGCGACAGUGUAGUGACAGUUUACGGCACCUGCGCUCAUUCCUGCGGUGUUGACGUUAUGAGAGCUUAUUUUGAGUAAUGUUUUACUGACAAGUAACCGCUGCUUUCACUCGAGGAUGGAUCCAGUGGUUCUGAGUUACCAGGACAGUCUGCUCCGGUGUUCAGAUGUGGAGCUGUUAGACGGUCCUCACUGGCUCAACGAUCAGGUGAUUGGAUUUGCUUUCGAGUACUUCACAACCGAACGCUUCAGAUGUCUGGGUGAGAAGAUCUGUUUCAUCAGCCCCGAGGUCACCCAAUUUAUCAAGUACGCCACCAGCCAAGAGGAGCUCGCCGUCUUCCUGGAGCCGCUGAUGCUCGCCUCCCGUCGCUGGGUUAUUCUGGCCGUCAAUGACAACUCCAACCAGACCGCCGGUGGAACUCACUGGAGCCUGCUUCUGUUUCAGCGUGAAAACAGCCGGUUCAGUCACUACGACUCUCAAAGCGGGAGCAACUCCCUGCACGCCCGCCGUAUCGCAGCCAAGCUGGAGGCUUUUCUGGGUGUUCGGGGUAAAGUGGCCUUUGUUGAGGAGCAGGGUCCCUCACAGCAGAACAGUUAUGACUGCGGCAUGUACGUGAUCUGUAAUGCCGAGGCUCUUUGCGAGAACAUUAAAGUCCAGGGCUGUGCCCACCUGCCUGUUCAGAUCAUAACACCCACCUACAUUACACGGAAGAGGACAGAAUGGCAUUCACUGAUACAGAGACUCACCAAGGAAUGAAUGAAUGACAUCAACAAAGUGACACACAUUUAUUUAUGAUAGUCAAUCCCGCACAAUCAAAAAAUAACACAUGCAUGAUGGCAGAAGAAUAAAGUCACACGGGUUUGGAAGUUUGUGGUGAAUUGCAUUCUUUUAUCCAUUUAUGUAUCCAUUCAUUAAAUAAAGUGAUCAGUGUAUCCUA